UAAAAACAAGUUUUCUCAGUGAACAAUUCACACAAUUCAACAUCUCUUUCACGUUCUCUUAAUUUUACUAGAUUCUCCAACAACAUUCUAUACACAGCUACCUGAUAUGUUAGUUGUAUAAAUCACCUGUGUAGCUCAUCAUCAAACCGUGUAGUUGGUUGUGUAUUUUGAUCUAAAAUCGGUAGAUGAUAGAGUUUUACUGGCUAGUCUCAAUUAAACGACCUGUUAACAAUUUACUGAAUAAUUGCUAUUCGAAUGUGAGAUAAUAAUUCGCUUCACGAUGAUGUUGUAUAUUGUGCUGCUCAUGAUCACAAUUCUGUACUUUUUGUAUCGAUUAAAAAAUGCACGAAAAUAUCGUUUAGCUAAACAAUUCACUGGCCCAACAGAGGUUCCGAUUUUAGGAAAUACUUUGAUAUUCAAAAAAAGGACACCAAAAGAGGUGCUCACAUAUUUCCAAAACGCAUCCGACGAAUAUGGUUCAAUAUACAGAAUAUGGAUGGGAACACGACUGGCGUUCGUUGUUACCGAUCCGAAAGUCUGUGAAAUUGUUUUCAGCAACAGUACAAAGUUCCUUGAAAAGAGCAGCUUGUAUGACUUUCUCGUGCCAUGGCUCGGAACUGGUCUACUGUUGAGUGCUGGCCAAAAAUGGCAUAGUCGUCGUAAGAUAAUAACGCCAGCGUUUCAUUUCAAAAUUUUGGAAGAAUUUUGCGUUAUCUUUGACGCACAAAGUGAAAUAUUACUAAAUAAUCUCAAGAAGCAUGAACACGGAGACGCAUUUGAUGUUACGAAUUAUAUAUCAUUGAUGGCAUUGGAUGUGGUGUGCGAAACUGCAAUGGGGAUAAAACUUAAUGCCCAAACGGAUGCUGAAUCUUCUUAUGUUAAAGCUGUACACGAACUCACAAGAAUCAUCUCGACCAGACUCGCAACAAUCUGGCAGCGAAACGACUUCCUCUUUAAUUUAUUUGCUAGGGAAAUGCGAAUAAAGCAGGACGCCGUUAUAAAACGGCUGCAUUUGUUCACGAAAAACAUAAUCAACCGAAGAAGGGCUCAGUUGAUUCAAGAAUUGGAAUCAAAUGAAAAAUCCGAUCGAAUGGAACUAGGUGGUAAACAGGCACUCUUAGAUAUUUUAUUGCAAUCGACAACCGUCGACGGUAAGUCCUUGUCCAAUGAAGAUAUUCGAGAAGAGGUGGACACUUUUACGUUUGAGGGACACGAUACCACAACGUCUGGAAUAUGUUUCACGUUGUAUUUGAUAUCAAGGCACCCGGAUGUUCAGAAUAAAAUUUUUGCCGAAAUUCAAGAUGUUUUCGGUAGUAAGACCGAAAAAGCUACAUACAGAAAACUUCAAGAUCUAAAGUACUUAGACAUGGUAAUUAAGGAAGCAUUGCGAAUUUUCCCGCCUGUUCCCAUAAUUGGUCGAAAAAUAGAAGAAGAUUUACAAUUACACGACGGCCGAAUUGUACCGGCUAACUCAACAUUUACGAUUAACUUCUUCUUAAUGUUCAGAGAUCCGAAGCUGCAUCCGAAUCCGUUACAGUUUAAUCCAGACCGGUUUAUGAGUGACAAUGCGAUGGACAGCUUUUUCUCGUACACUCCAUUCUCGGCUGGCUCGAGAAAUUGCAUUGGACAAAAAUUUGCAAUGCUGGAACUAAAGAGUUCCAUAUCAAAGAUACUUAGAUCUUAUGAACUGUUGCCUGUCGGUGAAGAGCCCAUUCCAGUGAUGGAGUUGAUUUUAAGAUCGGAAAAUGGAGUACAAUUAGGAUUGAAACCUAGAUUGUAUUGAACCUAGAAGUAAGUUGCAGCUGAAAGAGCAUAUAGUGUAUUGUGUUGUAGCAAAGUAGGUGAAUUUUUGUUAGUUAAAAACUUGAACCUUCAGCCAAAGAUUUCUAAACUUCGAUACAAACCUAAAGCCGAAAACACAUGAACAAUCACGCAUUGCUGAGGUCGACAAUUAUGCUGUGUUUUCCAUUGUAAUCCUAUUUGUAGCAUUGCUUAAGCACAAUGGACAAUGUAGCAGAAUUGUCGAGCUCAGCAAUGCAACAUUGCUCGUGUGUUUUCGGCCUAUGUUUUGACCAAAAAUACAACUAAAAUUCCGGAAAGCUUGGAAAGCAAGCGUUAAAAACAAUUGUGGAUUUUUUGAGAUUAUCAUUGAAAAUGUACCAGUUCCAAAUGAGGUUGCUCGAGGAGCAUUGGUCCUUAACCUACCUAUUUGAAUAAUGUUUUCCUGACUGGAAACCUUCGGUAAACGUUCAUAAGUUGAGAUGAAAAA